AUGUCGGAAGCAGCCAGAAGGCCAUUCAACAAGCGAGGAGGGAAAAGUAACAGAGAUCGAAAGCCUCAUAAUCGUCCUGUGAAAGCGUCGAAUUCAGAGUCAACGUCGUCGCUUUCUGACUGGAGACGUAAUGAAGUGGACUUAGAGACAGAAAAGGCACUAAAGAUGAAGAAAUCGACCGAUUCCGAGGAUACAUCGACAAACAUCUGCGUUGUCUGCGCCAACAGUAUCAAAAUAGCCGCUUUGUCUCCCUGUAAUCACGUGGUCUGCCAUAUUUGUGGCUUCAGACAAAGGGCUCUCUAUGAGAAGAAGCAGUGUUUGGUGUGUCGUACCGACGCAGAUCAAAUGAUCUUCACGGACGAUCCUCCCAAGUCACAUCACUACGAUGACGUUCCGCGAGAUUCCAUAGUAUCGUCCAAUCAGAAAUAUGCAGUGGAGUUUACAUCCUUUGAGGCUAAAAAUGGGACUCUGGGACUAUUAGAGUUCCGGUGUCCCGUGGCAAGUUGCAAGGGUAUCAGUUUUCCCAGCUUCAAAAAGCUCAACGAGCACGUUCGUGAACUACAUAACAAAGUUUACUGUCCUGUUUGUUCCAAAUUCAAGAAAGCAUUCAUUUGUGAGUUAAAGACAUACUCUACUCGUGAGCUUCAGAUGCAUCAGAUUAAGGGAACUAACGAUGAGGAAGGAUUCACCGGGCACCCUACAUGCAAGUUCUGUGGUGGCAAGAGGUUCUACUCGGAAGAUGAACUUUAUAUUCACAUGAGAGAACGCCAUGAGAGAUGUCACGUGUGUGAUCAAAUAGAUGCGUCUCACCCCAACUAUUUCCGGGACUACAAAGAUCUAUUCCAGCACUUUCAGGACGCUCAUUUCAUCUGUACUGUUCAGAGCUGCUUGGACAAGAAAUUCGUUGUUUUCAGAGACGAAUUCGAUCUUCAGGCCCAUAUGAUAAAGGAACAUAGUGAGAUCUAUGGUUCUGAUAGACUAAUACUGAGAGGUAAUGAAUUUGGAACCCGUUUGUCGACUUUAAGAGAUGAUGCUCCUCCGCAUCCACAGAGCUCUGGAGAUUCUCGUGAAGUCAAGAAGAUGCGAUUAGAAGAGAGGGCAAGACAUUAUCUUCAUUAUUCUCAGACAGAUUUCGCCAAGUUUCAAGAGGUUAAUAGAGAGUAUGACGAAGAGAGACUCACUGCAUUAGAGCUUUUAGAUAAUUAUAAGCAGAUAUUCGGGUCGAGAAAACCCAACGAAGAAGAAGAGAGCGUUGACUAUGGAACACUUAUAUAUGAGUUCAGUAGACUCUAUCCAUCAAACUCCCUUCAGAGGAAGCAACUCGAAGCUAUUAAUUCAAAUCGGAUGCGUCAAGAAAGGCUCGAGGAGAAGUUCCCCGAGCUUCCAGGAUUAAACUCGUCCUCUUCGUUCGUGGGGAACAACUGGGGAAGUCGAGGAAAGAUGCGUCAGGGCUCUCUACAGAUCAAUGAGACAUUUCCUUCACUUCCAGCUGCUCCUGCUAUGAGAUUUAGGAGUGAACUGAGAAUGGGACGCUCUUCUUCAUGGGCUCCGCCAGUUAAUGCAGCAACUAUUCCAGGUUACUUUCCUAGUAAGGCUUCUACGUCACGUUCUUCAUCGCAUUCCUCGUCACGUUCUUCAUCGGUCACAUCAUUGCCAGCUGCUAAAAAAUCACCGACACCAUCAGCAUCUUCGUCUUCCCAAUCGCUUUCUUCUCUGCUUGGAGGUAGUAGAACCUUUGUUCAUAUAGGAACAUCUAACACUGCUAGCACUUACAGAAUGGCAUCUGCACACCUUGACGAACGUAAGUUUCCCAAACUUCCUGAAAUCAAAGCACGGACCAGGAAACCCAUUACCCGUGUUAAACCUGUGAAUAAUAGUAUUGGACAGUGGGGAAGCCAUCAGAAUGAUGCAUUCGAGACUCGGUCACCAAGAGUGUCGUCGGAUAACAGUUCAAAGAAGGGGAAGAAGGGUAAAGUAGUAUUCCAUAUUGGAGUUGGAAACUAG